AUGUACAGAUUUUCGCAACUUACCGCUUCCCCUGAACUCCGCAAACAGUUUUGUGAUUUGAAAUUGGAGUCUAAAUCUCAAACGGCAAACGAAAAGGAAUGUUUGCAUCUGACUACAAAAUCCAUGAAAAGAAAAAGUCCUACCACUUCAAAAGAUCUGAAAGAGCCCGUUAAAACGCAUCAUUCUGACUUUACAUUAAAAAGUUGUGAUGAUACAACAAAUCACUGCUUAUACCUUGAACCUUGUGGAUUUCGAAAUGUUAGGAAUUCGUGUUUUCUUAACGCCUGUCUUCAACUUUUACUUAACAUGCCUCCUUUUUGUGCAGCCUUACACAAAUCUCAUGAUAAUAAUUGUGUUUCCAAAAUCCAGUCUGCUGAUGUUACAUCAGAAACACAAGAAAAGAAAACACCACUGACAAACCAAUUGUUUAAAUUGAUGGAACAGCUUAAUCCACACACAGAACACAGUGAUAUACGAAAUAAUGAUCAUCACUGUUAUAAACCAGUUCAAACCAAAGUUGGCAAUACAAACGGUCCUAAUUCUUCUGUGUGGAAAGAGUCAGAUGUAAACGGUGUGCAGCCGUAUGUUUUGAAUCAUUCACUCACGCCGAACCCAAUGUUCGCGCAACUACUUCGUAUGGAUUCCGGUUUCCAGGAGGAUGCUGCUGAAUGUCUUACAUACCUUCUCACACAACUGCAUGAAGAAAUGAGCUCUUCAAUAUUAGAGAGUGAAAUAGUAAAUCUAAACGAAGGUGAUAGAAAUCAAAGUGAUUCAGAUUGGUUUGUCGCUGGUCGCGCUGGUAAACAUUAUCCGGAGGCUAGAAAAAUAGAACUUGAUGGUCGAAGUCCUAUAUCUUCAUUAUUUUGCGGCACAAUUGUAACUCGUUCGAGUGUGGGCAAAACAAAUAGUCAGUCAAGUAUGGAUGUUGAAAGUAAAAAGAUUUCUGUGAAAGAGCCUUUCUUUAUUCUUCCUGUGCCUAUCGAUGAUCCUUCGGUUAAUUCUGUCGAAUCUGCUCUACGGUGUUUAGCUGAAUCUGAACAAAUAACAGAUUAUCACGAUCCUUCUGGUACACAUAUACAUCGUCGGUCCACAUUAGAUCAUCUUCCUCCAUAUCUUAUUUUACAAUUAAAACGAUUUUACAAUGAAUCCAAGGUUAAUACUGUUCAGUCUUGUGUACAUAAUAUCAAGGGAUCUGUAAAUAAGAAUACCAACCGGAAAGUUUCAGCGGAUAUCCGUAAACACUUAAAGUCAGUUAAUAUCCAGUCCAAACUAGUUAUACCAAAAGUGCUUCUAAGUCAAGAAACACAUUUUAGCAGUGCACAACGCCAGUAUCGUCUUUGGGCUGUUAUAUUUCAUGUCGGUGAAACUGUAGCAUCCGGUCACUAUACCAUCGCUGUACACGUAGAUGACCCUUGUCAAAAAUUGGACAACUCUUCACUAAACAAUCCAGAAAGCUUAAAUCUUUUGUUCACAACUCAUCGUCCACUCGAUACAAGAAACUGUACAUUUCUUCGCUUAUCGAAGCAACAACAAAAAGAAGCUCUAAUCGAUUGCGAAUCUGCCGUUAACAAUCAAUACACUGCAUUCAGCCUUUAUAUAAGUAAGCCACGAACACCGUACAUACUUGUCUAUAAAUGUCAAACAAUGAUGCGUACAUGA